AUGCUGAAGAAUGGAACCACAAAUACAAAGGCAAAGCAAAAGAAGAGGACUCUUCCAGAGAGCAACGGUCAAUUUGAGAUUCAAUCAAGACCAUGGGGGCAUCAGUAUAGGAAAGAUAACAACAAUGCAGAUAAGCUUGACAUGGAAAGAGCGAAGGAGAGAAAAACGAAUGAUCUGCCUAUGGAAUAUCAUUGCAUAAGCUUGUAUUCACUUGAGAGAGGAAGCUUAUUUAGGUCUGGGGAUAUUUCUGCUGAGAAGGCCUAUGCUUCACACAUCCAAGAGUUGUACUACAGCGAGGACAUAUCUGUUCUUCCUCUAAAGGCUCUAGAGGGAAAAUGUGAAGUAAGGAAGAAACAUGAAUCAACAGUUGUUGUUAACCACUGCAAUGUGAUUCUAAGAGCUAUAAUGGAAAAAUGUAGAGAUGAAGGUGAAUGUAUCUCUUCUAGAGAAGCAAAUGAACUCACAGCUAAACUUGGUGAGGACCAGAAGCAUACUCUGCCACUGCUUAGUCAAGAGGAUUUCAUCAACGGAGGCCCUCCAUGCCAGGGAAUAUCUUGUAUGAACAAAUUCAACCAAGGAUUUUGGCGUAAAAUUCAGUGCGAAAUUAUAUUAGCAUUCUUGUCGUAUGCUGAUUAUUUCCGGCCAAGGUAUUUUCUUUUGGAGAAUGUGGGGAACUUUGUGUCAUUCAAUGAAGGGCGGACAUUUCAUCUUACUUUGGCUUCUCUUCUCGAAAUGGGUUACCAGGUGAGAUUCAGAACCUUGAAGGCAGGUGCAUAUGGAAUUUUCCAAUCUCACAAGAGAGCUUUUAUUUGGGCAGCUUCACCUGAAGAGUGUGGUGCACAUUUCCGUCCAAUCAUUGUGAGAGACAACAUUGGUAAUCUUCCACCUAUAGAAAAUAGAGAAUCUGAGACCAACAAAGAGUAUGGAGAUGAUCCGGUCUUGUGGUUCCAAAAGGAGAUAAGAGGAAACAUGAUUGUUCUCACUGGUCAUAUUUACAAGGAGAUGAAAGAACUAAACCCCAUUCGAUGUAAGAGGAUCCCAAAGAGGCCAGGUGCUGAUAUGUGUGCCCUUCCAGCUGAAAAGGUGAAGUUAUCAAAUGGGCAGAUUGAGGAUUUGAGUCCAUGGUGUGAGAAAAAGAAAGCUAAGACCGAGAACGUGUGGAAGCAACUGUAUGAGAGACUAAACAUGCAAGGCAACUGCCCAACUUCCAUCACAUAUCUUAUCAUCCACCUUCAGGACGUAAGCUCAAAGAAGCCUUACUUCUCAACAAGACUCUUCAAAACCAACCAUAAAGCCACCACUUAUAUAGGACUAGUCGAACGUAAGCUCAAGGAAGCCUUACAUCUCAAGUAG